UCCUGGGCGCCUCGUCACUUCCCCUGUCCUGGCGGCCUCGGCCGCUCUCCGGACAAACUCACUUGAGCGAAGCGGCAGGGCCAUGACCUUUGGGGCGCUGCUGCUGCUUCUGGGGGUGCUCGGGGCACCCCUCGCCCCAGGCGCCCGCGGCUCGGAAGCCGAAGGCCGACUGCUUGAGAAACUUUUCUCGGACUAUGAUAACUCGGUGCGGCCGGCGCGGGAGGUGGGAGACCGCGUCGGGGUCAGCAUCGGCCUCACCCUGGCGCAGCUCAUCAGCCUGAACGAGAAGGAUGAAGAAAUGAGCACAAAGGUGUACUUAGACCUGGAGUGGACAGACUACAGGUUAAGCUGGGAUCCUGCAGAACAUGAUGGCAUCGACUCUCUUGGCAUCACCGCUGAAUCCGUGUGGCUCCCUGAUGUGGUGCUAAUGAACAACAACGACGGAAAUUUUGACAUUGCUCUGGACAUUAACGUCGUGGUAUCCUCCGAGGGCUCUGUGCGCUGGCAACCCCCUGGCUUGUAUCGCAGCAGCUGAAGCAUCCAGGUCACCUACUUCCCCUUUGACUGGCAGAAUUGCACCAUGGUGUUUAGUUCCUACAGCUAUGACAGCUCUGAGGUCAGCCUGAAGACAGGCCUGGGUCCUGACGGGCAGGAGAGGCAGGAAAUCUACAUUCAUGAAGGGACCUUCAUUGAGAAUGGCCAAUGGGAGAUUAUCCACAAACCUUCUAGGUUAAUCCAACUUCCAGGAGAUCCUAGAGGAGGGAAGGAAGGACAUCGCGAGGAAGUUAUCUUCUAUCUCAUUAUUCGGCGGAAGCCCCUCUUCUACCUGGUCAACGUCAUUGCCCCGUGUGUCCUCAUCACUCUCCUGGCCAUCUUUGUCUUCUACCUCCCGCCAGAUGCAGGAGAGAAGAUGGGGCUUUCCAUCUUCGCCCUGCUGACCCUUACUGUAUUCCUGCUGCUGCUGGCAGACAAAGUGCCUGAGACCUCCCUGGCAGUCCCCAUCAUUAUCAAGUAUCUCAUGUUUACCAUGAUCCUCGUUACUUUCUCAGUCAUCCUUAGCGUUGUGGUCCUCAACUUGCACCAUCGCUCACCCCACACCCACCAAAUGCCCUUUUGGGUCCGCCAGAUCUUCAUUCACAAGCUCCCACCAUAUCUGGGGCUGAAAAGGCCCAAACCCGAAAGAGACCAACUGCCCGAACCACACCACUCUUUUCCUCCAAGAAGUGGCUGGGACCGAGGAACUGAUGAAUAUUUCAUCCGGAAGCCUCCAAGUGAUUUUCUUUUCCCGAAACUUAACAGGUUUCAGCCUGAAUUAUCUGCCCCGGACCUGCGACGAUUUAUCGAUGGCCCAACCCGUACUGUAGGUCUGCCUCAGGAGCUACGCGAGGUCAUUUCUUCAAUCAGCUACAUAGCCCGACAGCUGCAGGAACAGGAGGACCACGAUGCACUGAAGGAGGACUGGCAGUUUGUGGCUAUGGUUGUGGAUCGUCUUUUCCUCUGGACAUUCAUCGUCUUCACAAGCGUCGGGACCCUGGUCAUUUUCUUAGAUGCCACGUACCAUUUGCCCCCUCCUGAACCUUUUCCUUGAAGACCCGAGGACCUUUUUUUUACCAACAGUGGCAGGAGCUCUCAAGAUGCAACCACUCCUGUAAGAAUCUAGUUUCUAGGAAGGCGCUGAAGUGGGACUAUGGCUAGGAGGCAGGUGCCUUGGACCCACUUGAAAUGCCAUUAUUUAGGAUUUCGUCUGCUGGGUUUUUUGUUUUUGUUAUUUUUGAGACAGAGUCUCACUCUGUGGUCCAGGCUAGCCAGGAACUAUGUAUCCCAGGCUGGCCUCAAACUCCCAGCAAUGUUACUUCCUUAACCUACCAAGUGUUGGGACUACAGGCCUGGUGAGCCAGCACACAUGGGUUUGGAUUCUUGAAGCUACACUGAAUUGUAGCUUGGGUCUCUAAUGAAAUAGAAUUACAAGUCAUAAGUAAUAGAUUGUAAGCCUUUUGAGGACAGGAAAUGUGUUGGCUACUCUGAUGUCCCUAGCUUCUAGCCUAUGAGUGCUUAACAUUCAUUUCAUGAAGAGAGGGGGAAAAUUCUGAAAUAUAUAAAAAUACUGCCUACAAUAGAAUGUUGUAAUUAAUCAUUUUUGUCUUUUUAACUUUCUAUAAUUUAUAUAUUUUUGUAACAUUUGCCACCUUUAGAUUGAAAAGUUAUUUCUUAAAGGUCUGCAUUUGCAAUGAGGAAACAUUAAAAUCAAAACAAAAAAAAUCUUUAAAGUGACUGGGAGGUGGUGGCACACACCUUUAAUCCCAGCACUUGGGAGGCAGAAGCAGGCAGAUCUCAGAGUCUGAGGCCAGCCUGGUCCACAGUGCAAGUUCCAGACCAGCCAGGGCUACACAGGGAAACUUGUUUUGAAAGCAAAACAAAACAAAACAAAAAGAAGAUCCAAGAGUGGUAGUGAAUGCUUGUUAUACCAGAACUUGGAAGUCAGAGGCAAGGGGAUUCAAGGCCAAAGUCUGCUACAUAGUGAAUUUAAGACCAGUCUAGAUUGAGAGAAUGAGUGGAGGGAGGGAGGAAAAAAGGGAGGGAGGGAGGGAGGGAGGGAGGGAGGGAAGGAGGGAGGAAAGAAGGGAGAGAGAGAGAGGGAGAGAGGUCUCAUUUUCUCAUUUAUUUAAGUCAGGCAUAGUGACUCAUACUUAGAAUCCCAGUAUUGGAAGGCUGAGGCAGGAUUGCUGUGGGUUUCACCCCGGUUAGGCUACAGAGCGAGAGCCUGUCUCACACAAACAACCUUAUUCAAGUUCUAAUUUUGGCACACAUACAACUAAACUACUCAGAAUGUUUCUAUAUCUGUAAAAUGAAGCAGAAAGUAGUAUAUGCCCAUAGGGAAUUCAUAUGUCACAGCUUUGAAAUGGUGUUUUAUUUUGUAUUUGUUUUUGUUUUGCCUGUGUUCUUGAGCUUACAAUAUUUAUUGGUUUGUUUUGGAAUAGUUGAAAUUGAAUCUAGGUCCUUGCAAACAAUAGGUAACUACUUACCAACCCUUAUUUUUCCUUCAUUUUUGAGCUCAUGGUUUUGAUAUCGUUGCUUGAGACAACUUUGAACUCUUGAUACUUUCGCCUCUUUUAAGUACUGGGAUCAUGGGCAUAAUCCACCAAGCCUGCUUUGUUUUUAGAAACUGGGUCUUAGUAAGUUGUACAGUCUGGCCGUCAGAUUACUAUACAGCCUUUAACAUUCCAUCUUCUUGCAUUUGGAGUAACUGGGAUUAGAGGUAUGCAUCACCAUGCCCUAUUGGCAGUUUUGUUUUGGUUGUUUUUGAGACAGGGUUUCGCUACGUAGCCCUGGCUAGCCUAGAAUGUAUGUAGUCGAGGUUGGCCUCAAACUCACAGAGAUCCACUUGCUUCUGCUUCCUGAGUGCUGGGAUUAAAGGCGUAUAAUUUUAAAUUUGAAUUAAGGGCUGGAGAGAGAUGAUUCUGAGGUGAAGAACACUGGCUGCUCUUCUAGAGAACCAUGGUUUGAUUCCCACACCCACAUAUGUAACUCUAGUCCCAGGGGAUCCAACACCCUCUUUUCUGGUACAGUACUCCUGUGGUGCACCCACAGGCAAACAAAACACACAUGAAAUUAAAGGAAAAAUAUGGGAAGCUUGGUACCUUUAAAAUGUGUGUAUUUCACAGACAUUGGAUUUCAGGCUCCUCUUGAAAAUGUUUACACAACUCCAGCGAUACUAUACCUGCAGCUGCUGUUGGCGGCAACCCGCUAGGGCUUCUCAGUGGCUGUCCACUCCGGCCAGGGAGCUCUCGCCAGAAUUCCUGGAAGCUCCCAUCUACCCUACCAGCCUUCCUUAUGUUCCCAACCACCCCUGCACAACACAGGAGGAAUACACAGCAGGCAAGACGAAGCCAGUGAGGACACUAGUGGAAGAAGGGCUCUGAUGGCUACGCUACAGUUUCUGCACCCAUGUACCUUCAAACUAGAAAAAGAGUAGGACCUGGUUUAAGGCAAAGGUUAUGCUGGGACUCAGAAGUCUUGAGCCUAGCUCUUGUACUCCUUGAGGAUGUUUCUAGAGGCGGCGGCACUGCAUUCUGAGAAAGUGGCCCAUGAAGCCCAGACUAGUGUGGAAUUCUAUGUGUAGCUGAGGAUGGCCCUGAACUUCUGAUCCUCUUGCGUUCACCUCCCAAGUGCUUGUAUUAGAGGUGCGUGCCACCGUGUUGGACUGAGAAACAAACCCAGGUUUUCCUGCAUGCUAGGCAAGCUCUCAACUGAGCUACAGCCCAGCUCCUGAGUCAAUGUCUCUACCUGGAGGUCAGAUCAAAGUGAGCAAGCUUCUAAGGGCUACACAAUUACAGUGAAACACCUGGAGUUGACAAGCCUCACAUCAACUCAAUUGCUAGACAUCCGUCCUGGGAGGGAGACUAGGCUACAGGUCUCGGGAUCCCUGCCCCCACAGCCACCAGCCACACAAACCACCAAACCUGGCACCCACUGAAAGCGCAGUUCAUUUGUCUUGUUGGUUUAUUGGCCUAGAGAAUUGGAAACACACACAAAUCUGGAGAUAAAUAUUGGUCAGUUUCUCUAAAUCUGGGUCCUCACUACGUACAGAGCUAGAAUUCUAAAUCUUGCGUGCUGUGGUACAGAACCAGUGGCCUUCUCACUCUUGCCCUCUUCCCAGGGAACAUGAGGAAAGAGGGCACACGCUGACAAGACUUGAUCAUUUUCAAAUGACAAAAUCCAAAAUUCACAUAUUGAAACCUAAAACUCACAUAUUGAAACUUUCCAGCUCAAAUACAUAUUGUUAAGUUUCUGCUUUUGCCAUAACUUUGUUGCCAAAUCCUGGGAGCUAUUCUCCUUACCCACAUUAAAAAACAAAAUAAACA